AUGCGCUACCCGCUGCCCGACUUCCUCGAGAACUUUCCAGGCUUCCGCGAAGCGUACGACGCGCUGCUGCAUGUCCCUUGGUCGCCGCACCAGAUCAUCGAGCGCGAACUUGUUCGAGGGAUUGAAGAAUCUCGCCAAAAGCGCAUCGAGGCGGGCCACGAGGCAAUGCCAGGCGAUCUUCGUCGCGGUAUCGAGGCUAUUGUAGCUUGCAUGAGGCAUGCCGCCGACGCUGCCCAAUCCGCAGCGGAUGAGGAUAACAUAUCGCCGGCCGGUGUGUUGCAGAAAGGCUACAUCACGGGCUACGCCGACUUCCAGGACGAGUACCGAGACGCCGUGCGGUUUCAGCGGAGCGGAGCUUGGCACCCCAGAAACAUCUCGCAGGCCGUCGACCACCACUUGCGAACCGAGUGGGCAAAAUUCAAGGAAGGGCGGUCAACCAUCAGCCGCCUCAUCCGAGCCGCGCUGGAAUCGAUCGAGCUGAGAGACCCUCAAGGCGACCAUGGGCAGACUACGACGGCUUACAACGGCGCUGAGAAGAGGGACUGGCUCAAAUACAUCUCGUCGUCCGAAUCGGCAACUUCCCGCCUGUGCGCGACCAUCGUCGAGCACGACGGUCAUGAACAGUUGCUGCGAUGCCUCGCUCUCCUCAAUAUCAACUGCCAGAACUACGACCUCGCACUCCGUUACCUCGGCUCGCGGUCUCAACUCUGGCCAUCCGACGAUCUGUUAUGCAGCGUCAUCAGCGACCGCCACGCAGCCAUCUAUACGCAUAUCGACCUUGUUGGCACUUUUUUCGAUCCCGUAUGCCUGGCGAAGUCCUCAAGCUGCCAGGGAUGA